CGGAAGCCUCGCGAAAUUGCUUAUUUGAUGAUAUUCAACCCUCUUUUUCACCCCUUCCACUGCGCCAUCAUCAGGGUUUUAGAGCUCCCCCCUCCCCCUGUCUCUCUCCCUCCUGCUUGCGCGCAAGGCAUAAUAAAACCAUAUCGCUAUGGAGGCUCUUGCCAAACUCCGUUGCAGCAGGCAACAGCCACUUCCCCUCCCGGUUCAUCACCACCGCGCCUCAUUCUCAGGACCCAUUUCUUCAGUCUCCCUCAGAACACCGUCGUCGUCGUCGAACAGAUUACGGGUUAUCAGAGCCUCAUCCUUCGCACAGUCAUCCUCCUCCGAUCGUUUUCCCCAAAACCCCAAUUCGCCCAAAACCCCAUUCUCUGAAACCCUCAGUCCCCUCUUUAAAACCACUUGCAUCGCCAUAGCAGCCGCUGCUCUGUUCUGGGCCCGCUCCAUCCACAAGCCCAUCUUCGCCGCCCCAGUCGCUACCGUCGAGCCCACCAAAGAAUCAACGAAUGGUGUGGCAGAUGAAGAGAAGGAGAAAACCUUGGAAGAGUAUUUGGUGUCGCACCCAGAUGAUGUGGACUCUCUCAGGUCCCUUAUGGAGCUCAAAAUCAAGAGUCGCAAGAUUAACGAAGCGAUAGACAUUAUCGACCGUUUGAUUACAAUUGAGCCCGACGAACGCGAGUGGCCGUUGAUGAAAGCCCACAUUCAUAUCUACAGUGGAGACGCGGAAUUGGCGAAAAUGGAGUUUGAAGAGAUACUUGAGAGGGACCCUCUUCGUGUUGAAGCUUACCAUGGGCUUGUAAUGGCGCAGUCUGAAUCUGGAGGAGAAUUAAAUGGUGUGAUCAAGAGAAUUGAUGAGGCAAUGCAGAGGUGCAAGAAGGAGAAGAAGAGGGAUGUAGUGAGGGAGUUUAAGCUAUUGAUUGCGCAGGUUAAGGUAAUUGAGGGGAAUUAUACUGAUGCUUUGAAGGUUUAUCAGGAGCUUGUGAAGGAAGAGCCCAGAGAUUUUAGGCCAUAUUUAUGUCAGGGGAUUAUUUACACUCUGCUGAGGAAGAAAGAUGAGGCGGAAAAACAGUUUCAGAAAUAUCGGCGGCUUGUUCCAAAAGGACACCCAUAUGCGCAAUUUUUCGAUGAUAAUAUGAUUGCAACACGGGUUUUCUCUCAAAUGGCAGAAAACCAGAGAGCAGGUUCAAAUAGGUGAGAGAAAUGGGUCCACCGUUUUGAUGAGGUGAAGAAUGGCUGGUUCAGGCAUGGUUGAUCCCCAUGUAACAAGCAGGAAGUCUGGCAGAAUCCUCACUUGCUGUCGCUGGAGUGUGGGGCGCGAGUCGCCAGCAGCGACUUCCAGAAAUUAUUUUCUGGGGAGUGGUAGAUCGAAGGGUGGUGGUGAUCUGUCAAAAAAACUCUGGCAAGGGUGGAGCUUGAAUGGGCCGGUGGAUGGAGAAUUUCAGGUGGCGCAUUGGGCUUCAUGGCUGGUCGGUUGGUGAUACAAUUUUGAGGGGAAGCGUUUGGGUGGUUUCUGUUUUUGGUGGUGUUGCAGAACCUAGGCUGGAAAUUAGGGUUUCGAAAAAUGGGACAUGACUGGAAUUUCUGAAAAAGUUCAGAAACUGCAGAAUUGUUUUUCCUUUUUUUUUUUUUUUUAAUUUUAAACUGAAAUUUCAGAAUAUAGAAGAAUCAGAGAGAGAAUGAUGGAAGGGAAAUAGAGGAAAAGACGAAGGAAUAAUGUAGAAAAAGGCG